CCUGCUCACCUUGUCCUGUAGGUGGAGGUCACCUUGCAGGACAUCAACGACAACCCGCCCGUCUUCCCGACGGACUCGCUGGAUCUGACGGUGGAGGAAAACACGGCUGAUGGCGCCAAGAUCAUGCAGCUCACUGCAGUGGAUGCUGACGAGGGCGCCAAUGCGCUGGUCACCUACUCCAUCGUCAGCGGGGCCGAGGACAGCUUCCGCAUCGACCCACGCUCGGGGGACCUGGUGGCCACGCGCCAGCUGGACCGUGAGCUCCGUGCCCAGUACUCGCUGCUGGUGCGUGCGGACGACGGGCUGCAGGCCUCCGACCUGCGGGUCAGCAUCACCGUGAGUGACCUCAACGACCACGAGCCCCGCUUCUCACGGCCCGUCUACUCCUUUGACGUCCCGGAGGACACAGCCCCGGGCUCUCUGGUGGCCGCAGUCCUGGCGACAGAUGCUGACUCAGGGCCGAAUGGGGAGGUCACCUACCUGGUGGCUGAGGAUGACGAGGACGGGCUGUUCCUCCUGAACCCCGUGACGGGCGCCUUCAACCUGACCCGGGCGCUGGACUUCGAGAUGCAGCAGUUCUACGUGCUGACGGUGCGGGCCCAGGACGGCGGGGGGCAGGCGGCCUCGGUGAGGACCUACUUCAACGUCCUGGAUGUGAAUGACAAUGCGCCCGCCUUCGCCCAGAGCACCCUCAGCGCCUCACUCCCUGAGGACCUGCCUGUGGGUGCCUCUGUGCUGGCGCUCAAUGCCUCGGACGCCGAUGACGGCGUCAACGCGCAGCUGGCCUUCAGCAUCGCGGCGGGAGACAGCCUGGGCCAGUUCUCGGUGGACCCGCAGGGGGUGCUGCGCGUGCGCUCGGCCCUGGACCGCGAGGCCCAGUCCUUCUACGAGCUGGUACUGCAGGCGCACGACCUGGCGGGGCCGCCUGCCCCCCGCUUCACGGCCACCGCCCAGGUGUCCCUCAUCCUGCUGGACGUCAACGACAACGCGCCCCGCUUCCUGUCGCCACCGCGGGCCUACGUCCCCGAGAACACGCCCAGCGACACGGUGGUCUUCAGGGCCCAGGCCUCGGACCCCGACAGUGGUCCCAACAGCUACGUGGAGUACUCGCUGCGGGACUCGGCGGGCGGCCGCUUCCGCGUGGGCACCGUGGACGGCGAGGUCCGGCUCACGGGCCCGCUGGACCGCGAGGGCGCGGCCAACUACACGCUGACGCUGGUGGCCACCGACAAGGGCCGGCCAGCACUGUCCUCCUCCGCCCUCGUGUCCGUGAGCGUGCUGGACGUGAACGACAACGAUCCGGUCUUCGCGCGGGCCGCCUACCACGUGGAGGUGAGCGAGGCCGCGCUCCCGGGCAGCGAGGUCCUGCAGGUGUCGGCUGGCGACGUGGACGAGGGCGCCAACGGGCAGGUGCGCUACAGCCUGGUGGCGGGCGACGCCCAGGACUUCCGGGUCGACUCAGUCACCGGGGCCGUGGCCGUGGCCCGGCCGCUGGACAGGGAGCGGACGGCCUCCUACCUGCUGACCGUACAGGCCAGUGACCGGGGCAGCCCCCCGCGGGCCGCCAGCGCCACGGCCACCAUCGUCCUACGUGAUGAGAACGACUGCACACCCGCCUUUGAGCUGUCCCCCUACGUCCUCAGCAUCUCCGAGAACCUGGGGACACUGCCCAGCACCGUGCUCCAGGUGACGGCCAGAGACGAGGACCAGGGCCCCAAUGGCCAGCUGACCUACGCGCUCCUGUCCGGGGACGGCGACGGCACCUUCACGCUCUCGGCCAGCGGGGAGCUGCGGGUCACCCGGAACCUGGACCGCGAGGCCCGAGCGUACUACGAGCUGACCGUCACGGCAGUGGACGCGGGCUCGCCUGCCCUCACAGGCACAGGGACCAUCGUCAUCACCGUGGUGGACGUGAAUGACCAUCCUCCCACCUUUGCCGGCAAGACCUUUUUCGCCUCCAUCCCCGAGGAUGCGGAGACCGGAACUGAUGUCUUACUGGUCAGCGCCACCGAUGCCGAUGCCGGCACCAACGCGGUCAUCAGCUACCGGCUCCUGGGCGGCAGCUCCCAGUUCACCGUGAACCCGGCCACCGGCCAGAUCAUCACUAGUGCGCGGCUGGACCGCGAGGCCCAGGACGGCUACACGCUGCUGCUGGUGGCGGCCGAUGCCGGCACCCCCGUGGCCCUGUCCAGCUCGGCCAGUGUGCUGGUCACCGUGACGGACGUGAACGACAACCCGCCCAAGUUCCAGCAUCACCCCUACGUCACCCAUGUCCCGGCCCCCUCACCUGCAGGGUCCUUCGUCUUCGCAGCCACCGUCACCGAUGAGGAUGAGGGCCCCAACGCCCAGCUUCACUUCUCCCUGUCUGGUGGCAACGCCAACAAGUUCACCAUCGACCCCCUGCGGGGUGCCAUCAUGGCCGCCGGGCCGCUGUCCGGGGGCUCGGAGCUGACCGUCACGGUGCAUGUGCAGGACGGCGGCGCGCCCCCCAGGACGGACGCCACCACGGUCACCGUGCGCUUCGGUCGCAAGGCCGACUUCCCGCGGGUCAGGGCCGAGGAGCGGACGCACGCCUUUCCCGAGAGCCAGCCGGCCGGCACGCCCGUCACCCGUGUGGCCGCAACCUCCCCGAGGGGACAGCCCCUGUCCUUCUACCUGGCCAGUGGCAACCUGGGCGGCACCUUCCAGGUGGACCCGCUGGGCGGGCAGGUGUCCAUAGCCCGGCCGCUGGACUUCGAGCGGACGCAGCGCUACGAGCUGUGGGUGGAGGCUCGGGACGGCGGCUUCCCACCCUUCUCGUCCUACGCGAGGCUGGAUGUGUCCGUGCUGGACAUCAACGACAACGCCCCGGCCUUCACGCGGGAUCCCUUCGAGGCCGAGGUGCCGGAGAACCUGCCCGCCCGCAGCCUGCUGACCGUGUCCGCCGUGGACAGGGACAGCGGGCCCAACGGGCAGCUGACCUUCGAGAUCAUGCAGGGCAACGCAGAGGGCGCCUUCAGCCUGCACCCGGAUACGGGCGAGCUGCGCAGCCUGCGCCCGCUGGACCGCGAGCGGACGGCACUCUAUGAGCUGACCGUGCGGGCGGCUGACCGGGGCUCCCCGGCCCGCAGCGCCUCUGCCCGACUGCUGGUGCGCGUGCUGGAUGAGGACGACAACGCCCCCCGCUUCUCCCAGAUCUUUAGCGCCCGCGUCCCCGAGAACGCCCCGCCGGGCACCACGGUCACCCGGGUGACCACCACAGACGAGGACGAGGGUGGCCACGCCGUGAGCCGCUACUCCCUGGCCGACACCGGCCUGCCCUUCUCCAUCCACCCGGGCACGGGCGACAUCGUGGUCAGCCGGCCGCUGGACAGGGAGCACGCCGACCGCUACCGCGUGCGCGUCUCGGCCCAGGACUCGGGCUGGACAGUGAGCACGGACGUCACCAUAGAGGUGACCGACGUGAACGACAAUUCCCCACGCUUCAGCCGGCCGUCCUACCACCUGGACUGCCCUGAGCUGGCCGCGCCGGGCGGCCGCGUGGGCCAGGUGGAAGCCUCGGACCCAGACGUGGGCGCCAAUGGGCAGGUCUUCUACGUGCUCAAGGCGCCCUCCGAGCUGUUCCGCGUGGAUGCGGCCUCGGGCACCAUCUUCAACAAGCAGCCUCUGCGCUUUCACAACGCCAGCCGCAGGCUACCAGGCGCCAACCGGCACAGCUUCGUGGUGACCGCCUCGGACCGCGGGGUGCCUGCCCUGCUCAGCGAGACCACGGUCACCAUCUCCACCGUGGACAGCAAUGACCACGCGCCCCGCUUCCUGCAGACCGGCUAUUCCACUCCCGUGCCGCGCGGCGUGGCCGUGGGCACCCGCCUCCUCCAGCUGGCGGCCGUGGAUGAUGGCGACUUCGGGCUGAACGCUCAGGUGGAGUACGCCUUCGCCGACGGGGCGGCCUCCGCGGGCAGCUUCCGGCUCGACGGGCAGACUGGCUGGGUUUCGGUGGCCGCGUCCCUGGAGGCCGAGCUGGACCGCGAGUUCCUGCUACCUGUGACAGCCAGGGACCGGGGAAGCCCGCCACUGUCGGCCCAGGCCACUCUGCGAGUGCUGGUCACCGAGGAGAACCGCCACACGCCCGAGUUCUCCCAGGACCACGUGCUGUUCAGCGCGCCCGAGGGCCUGGCCGUGGGCAGCACGCUGGGGACGCUGUCCGCCCGGGACCGGGACGCGGCGGCCAACGGGCAGGUGCGCUACGCCAUCGUGGAGGGCGACGCCGACGGCUUCUUCGAGCUCAAUGUGUCCUCGGGCGCCCUGAGCCUGGCACGGCCGCUGGACUUCGAGGCGCGGCAGCGGCAUGAGCUGUCCGUCACGGCCACGGACGGGGGCUGGGCGGCCAGGACGGGCUCCUGCCACGUGACGGUGCAGGUGCUGGACGAGAAUGACAACGCUCCCGAGUUCCGGCCGGCGGAGUACUGGCCAAGCGUGCGGGAGGACGCGCCCAGCGGCACCACGGUGCUGCGGCUGCGGGCCUGGGACGCGGACUCGGGCACCCAUGCGCUGACGGCCUACGCACUGCAGGCCGCCGACACCGACCUCUUCCUGCUGGACCCCAACACGGGCGCGCUGACCACCCAGGGCUUCCUGGACUUCGAGGCGCGCCAGGCCUUCCGGCUGACCGUGCGGGCCUUCAACGUCCCGGACGAGGCGCGGUUCGGGCUGGCCACGGUGCACGUGCAGCUGCAGGGCGCCAACGAGUUCCUGCCGCGCUUCCUGGCCCGUGGCUACACCUUCCGGGUGUCAGAGGCCGCGGCGCCCGGCGCACCCGUGGGACAGGUGUUUGCCGGCGACCGUGACCUGGGCCCCGACGGCGAGGUGAGCUACCUGCUGCUGGGCCCCGGCCGCCGUGCCUUCCGGCUGCACCCGCGCACCGGCCGGCUGGAGGUGGCCGCCCCGCUGGACCGCGAACACCGCAGCUGCUACGCCCUGCGCGUGCUGGCCAAGAACCCCGGCGCCAUCCGUGGCCCUGACGUGGACGAGGUGGCGCUGAACGUGACGGUGCUGGACGCCAACGACCCACCGGCCUUCAGCCAGGCCGAGUACCGUGUGCGGGUGAGCGAGGCCGCACCUCACGGGGCCCACGUGGCCUUCCUCAGCGCCCUGGAUGCCGACUUGGACCCUGACUGGAGCCGCUUCUCCUACGCACUGGGCCCGGGCGAGGGUCAGGCCUCCUUCUCCAUCCACCCGCAGACUGGCCAGGUCACCGUGGCGGCCGAGCUGGACCGCGAGGCCCGGCCCGUGUACAAUCUCACGGUGCUGGCAGUGGACGAGGGCUCGCCCCCCGCCACGGGCAGCGCCACCCUGCUGGUCACGCUGGAGGACGUGAAUGACAACGGGCCGGCCCUGACCGUCACUGAGGGCUCGGUGCUGGAGAACCAGCCUGCCGGCACACUGGUGAUGGCCCUGCAGGCCUCGGACCCCGACCUGCCGCCCAACCAGGGACCCUUCUCCUUCCACCUGCUCAGCUCCACCCCGGACGCCGGCUUCUUCAGCCUCAGCCCCGCCGGUCUGCUGACCACGGCACGGGAGCUGGACCGCGAGCAGACCGCCCGCUUCCAGCUGGCCGUGGUGGCCCGGGACUCGGGGGCACCGCCCAUGUCCUCCACGGGCACCGUGCGCGUGGCGGUGGCUGACCAGAACGACAACCCCUCACGCCCGCGCGCCCUGGAGGUGUGGGUGCACUACUUUGGCACGUCCUUCCCGGGCGGCGUGCUGGGCUCUGUGCGGCCACUGGACCCCGACGAGGACGACGCCUUCCGGUGCUCACUGGCCGCGGGCGCGCCCGGGCUCUUCAGUGUGGCCGCCGGCUCCUGCGAGCUGAGCGCCCGGCCGAGGACCGGGGAUGGCACCUUCGACCUGCGGGUGCUGGGCAGUGACGGCCGGCACGAGGCCGUGCUGAGCACCGUGCGUGUGGUCUUCUCGGGCCUGUCCAACGCCACCCUGGAGCGCAGCGUCCUGCUGCGUCUGGCCACGCCCAGCCUGCCGGGCUUCCUGGCCGACCACUACCUGCCCUUCCUGCGCGUGGCCGGGGCGCAGCUGGCCGGGCUGGGCACCGCGGUGCAGCUGUACGCCGCCUUUGAGGACGCUGACCGCACCUUCCUGCUGGCCGCCGUGCGGCGGGGCCCCGGGCUGUACGUGAGCGCUGCGGGAGCGGCCACCUUCUUCCAGAGCAUCCGCGGGGCGCUGCUGGCGCAGAGCGGGGUGGCCCUGGAGGCGGCCGACCACAACCCCUGCGCGGCCGGGCCCUGCCUGCAUGGGAGCAGCUGCGAGCGCAAGCUGGCCGUGGGGCCCGGGCUGCGCAGCCUGCAGACGGCCCCGCUGGUGCUGGUGGCACCCCAGCCACUGCCCCCCUUCCUGUGCCACUGCGCCCCAGGCUACACGGGUGCCCGCUGCGAACAGGAUGUGGACGAGUGCCAGCCGGCGCCCUGCCACCACGGUGGCACCUGCCUCAACCUGGUGGGCGGCUUCACCUGCAGCUGCGCCCCUGGCUUCACGGGCAGGGCCUGCGAGCGGGACGUGGACGAGUGCCAGGAGCCCCCCGGGCCCUGCCGCCAUGGUGCCCUCUGCCAGAACGUGCCAGGCGGCUUCCGCUGCAUCUGCCGGGCCGGCUACACAGGGGAGACGUGCGAGUCUUCGGUGAACUACUGUGAGUGCAACCCCUGCUUCAAUGGCGGGUCCUGCCAGAGCGGCCUGGAGGCCUACUACUGCCACUGCCCCUUCGGUGUGUCGGGGAAGCACUGCGAGCUCAGCAGCUACGGCUUCGAGGAGCUGUCCUACAUGGAGUUCCCCAGCCUGGACCCCAACAACAACUACAUCCACGUCACGUUCGCCACGGUGCAGAGCCACGCCCUGCUGCUCUACACCCACGACAACCGCAGCGGAGAGCGGGCCGAGUUCCUGGCGCUGGAGGUGGCCGGGGAGCGGCUGCGUCUCUCCUUCAACCUGGGCGGCGGCACCUACCGCCUCACCACCACGAAGAGGGUGUCCGACGGCCUCUUCCACACCGUCACGGCUCGCAGGGCGGGCAUGGCUGCCUCCUUAACCGUGGAUGGGUGCUCAGACAGCCAAGAGCCCGGCUACUGCACCGUCAGCAACGUGGCCGUGUCAGAUGACUGGACCCUGGACGUCCAGCCCAACCGCGUUUCGGUUGGUGGUGUGCGCUCGCUGGAUGCCAUCCUGCAGCGCAGGGGCCAGGUGGAGAGCCACGACUUUGUGGGCUGCAUCAUGGAGUUUGCGGUGAACGGGCGGCCACUGGAGCCCAGCCAGGCAUGGGUGGCGCAGGGCAUCGUGGACCGGUGUCCCCGGCUGGAAGGUGCCUGCUCCGCUGUCCCCUGCCAGAACGGAGGCACGUGCACGGACCGCUGGUCGUGGCAGGAGUGUCGCUGCACGGAGGGGCUGACCGGGCAGUACUGUGAGCAACCCAUCUCCGAGAACACGGCGCUGACCCUGGAGGGCUCCGGCCGUCUGGAUUACCACCUGAGCCAGAGUGAGAAGCGUGAGUACCUGCUCAGGACCAGCCUCCACGGAGUCUCCGAGCCCUUUGGGGUGAGCAGCCUGGAGGUGAAGUUCAGGACCAGGAGCGAGCAGGGCGUCCUGCUCCACGUGCAGGAGAGCAGCAACUACACCACCCUGCAGAUCAGGAAUGGCAACGUGCACUUCACCUCGGACGCGGGCGGCGCGGGCAGGGUGGAGCGGCACAUCCCGGAAGUGUACGUGGCGGACGGCCAAUGGCACACCUUCCACCUGGGGAAGAACGGGACAGCCACGGUGCUGUCGCUCGACGGGGCGCCCAGCAGGGCCGUGCCGCACCCCACGCAGGACUUCGGGGGCCUGGAAGUGCUCACCAUCUCCCUGGGGGGCAUCCCCCCUGGCCAGGGCCAGCAGGAUGGCUGGACAGGCUUCCGGGGCUGCGUGGCCUGGCUGCGCUACGGAGAAGAGCGGCUGCCCUUCUCGGGCCGGCACCGUUGGGCCUCGGUGUCCAGCGUCCCCCCGGGCUCCGUGCGGCCCGGCUGCCUGGGCCCCGACGUGUGCGCCAGUGGCCCGUGUCCGGCCGGCCAGCUGUGCCUGGACCGCUGGGGCGCCUUCGCCUGCGCGCCGCCCGGGGCCUGCGCCUCCCACCCCUGCCUGCACGGCGGCCGCUGCGAGCCGCUGCCCUCGGGCUUCCUGUGCCGCUGCCCCGCCUCGCACGCCGGCCGCACCUGCGAGACCCCCGCCGCCUGCCUGGGCGUGCGCUGCGCCCCGGGGCUGCUCUGCCGGCCCGCCGGCUCGGCCCACGCCUGCCUGCCCGCGCCCGGCCCCGGUCCCGGUCCCGGCCCCGCCGCGCCCCCCUGGGCCCUGCCCGCCGCCCUGGCCAGCGGCGCCGCCGCGCUCGGCCUCCUGCUGCUGCUGCUGGGCCUCGGCCUGUGCCGCCACCGCCGCCGCCACGCACCCAAGGGCGCGCACAAGGGCAGCGAGAACGGCGCCUUCGACGGCCGCGACCACCUGCCCUUCGCCGACGAGCUGGCCGUGCGCAAGCAGCCCGAGGGCACCCCGAGGCCCGACGUGCUGGAGCGCGAGCACCCCUACCUGCUAUUCCCCACGCCCGCCGUGCCCAGCGCCCCGCCCGCGCUGCCCGCGCCCCUGGGCGCCCCGCCCGAGCUCUACGACAUCGACGCGGCCAGCUCCAUCGCGCCGUCCGACGCCGACGUGGUCCAGCACUACCGCCACUUCCGCAGCCGCGGCCCGCGCCUGGCCCUGCAGCGCCGCAGCCCCCUGGGCCUGGCCCGCGCCUCGCCCGCGCCCCUGGGCGCCUGGGGGGCCCCGCUCGGCCUGGGCGCACCCGGCUCCCCGCGCCGCAGCCCCGCGCCCGCCGCGCCCCGCCCGCGCCGCAGCCCCGCUCCCACAGACCCCGGGCCACCGCGCCUGGGCCGCCGGCCGCGCCCCGCUUGCGCACCCCUGGGCGCCGCGCCCCCUGCGGGCCUGAGCCUGGACGAGGUGGAGCGGCUGCACGCGCCCCGGCCCCGCGCGCCCAGCAUCUGCAGUGCCGACCACGGCCGCUCCUCGUCUUCCUCCGACGGCCGCCCGCCUGCCCGCGCCCGCAACCCGGCCGACGGGCUGCCCGCGCCCGACGACUCGUCCUCUGACAGCGACUCGCACGCAUCCUUCACCUGCUCCGAGGUGGAGCUGGAGCGGCCGCCGCCCCGCGCGCGCCGCCUAGGGGACUGGGCCGACGGGCAGGACGCGGCCCGCAGGGCUGGGCGCCGCACCCCGGGGCGCGGGGCAGAGGAUGCGGCUGCGCUCGACUGGGAUGGGCUGCUCAGCUGGGGCCCCGGUUUCGGGCACUACGUGGACGUCUUCAGGGACCUGGCGUCUCUGCCCGAGCAGGCGGCCGGCCACGACGGCCAGGGCGCGGCACCCAUGGGCGGGGAGCCCCCGCAGGGCCCCUGAGACUCAGACCCCAUGGGCGGAGAACCCCGCAGGGCCCCUGAGACUCAGACCCCGUGGGUGGGGAGCUCCUCGCAGGGCCUGUGAGAGGCGGGACCCCAGAGCCCAGCCCCUAUGGGCAGGAACCCCCCCCCCCCACCCCAGGGCCUGUGAAACUCAGGGCUCAGCACCCUGAGCGAGAAGCCCUGUAGGGCUUUUGAAACCCAGACACCAGGAUGAGGUGACCAUUGGCAGGGACUCCUCACAGGGCCCAUGAGAUUUGGACCCCAGGGCACUGCACCCACAAGCAGGGACGCCCCCCCCCAUCCCCGCGAGGCCUGUGACCCGUGGGGACUCCAAGGCAUGGCGCCCAUGGGCAGGGAGUCCCCCUUCCCAUGCACACGGGGCUCACGGGGCUCGUGAGGGGCUCGGACUCCAGGGUGCUGCCGAACCUCGGGAAAGAGGGGCCGUUGGGGAACAGGGGCCUCAGCCCGAAGCACUCUGCGGAUCCCAGGGAUCUCAGGCCGCAGCGCCCUGCGGAGUCCAGGGGCCACAGGCCAGGAUCAGCUGCAGGGACUGGCCGCCCCCUCCCAGACUCUCCUUCCCUUUGUGACUCUUGGAGUUGGGGAGGCCCCAGGUGGGGUGUAUGGUCCCCACCCCCACCAGCGUGGACGAGCCCCCCAUGGAAGACGAGGAACUCACACCCAGGAGAGGCCACGCCAGCUUCUGGAAUGUUCCAGGCCCCAGAACUCUGACGGAGGGUAGUGGAGGCGCUCGGUGAGCACAGUCCAGCUGCACUCAUGCCUUCUGCUUGGAUCAGGCUCACAGCCGCCGGACACGUUAGCUGGAACGUUUUACCGUAAUUUAUUAAGGAAGGUUCCGUGUCUUCUAGAAUGUUCUAAGAAUCAGCCUAACAGAGUCUGUGAUUGGACUCCUUUUGCCAACAGAAACAAGUCCCCAGUCUUUCUAAUUUAUAAACAGGCAAAUGUCAACUCGUCUCCUGUCAUUUUGUAGUUUUGUUUUUUUUUUUUAAUACUGUGUAAAGACUAUUUUUCUUUUUCACCUGAGCUGUUUGAUACUGAUAUUUUCCUAUGCUGAAAACGUUUCUUACUUUUGGGGGAGGUAAGAAAGGACCUUUUUAUACCUGUUACUUCUGUAACAUUAAUAUUUUUCACAUUUGAUAUCUGUAACAUACUGUAUGCUUUCAAAGUGUGAAUGCCAACAAUAGAAUUAAAAUAUUUAUUUAAAACUUC